AUGGCUUCAACUCGACGCACCAAGAACUUUGCCACCGACCCUCAGACCCCGAUGUUCCUUUACACAAUCCUCAAACAGCUGGACCUCAGAUCGAUCAACUGGAAUGAUGUCGCAGGCAGCCUUGGUAUCUCCAAUGGUCACGCAGCCCGCAUGAGGUACAGCCGCAUGAAGUCGCAGUUUGAAGGCAAGUCCAACCAAGUCAAACCACCAAAGCCGAAGAAGGACAACUCCAACACUACCGACAACAAGUCUUCCAAGACCAAAGCGAAGAACAAGCGGCUUCUUGAGGAAGAAGAGAAUGAGCGGCUAGCCGACCAACGAGCAGCAAGUCAACAGGUCAUGCAAUCAGAGCUUGAUUCCAAGAGAUUCAAGGUCGAGCCGCACUCCUACGCGCAUCCGUGGUAUCCUAUGUACAUUGCAGAUGCUGCGCAAACGUUCCCGAGCGCAUUUUGGGGUCAACCAGCCAUUCCUCUGCAGCCAGUCCCACAAGCCUCAUAUGGUCCGGUUGGGGUGCCUGCCCGGAAUGUCGAUCCAACGCCUCUUAUCAAGACAGAGCCCAACAUGACUUUGCCACCAUACCACGACGAUGUUGAGACGCCAACCACGACCAUCAAGCAAGAACGCGAGGAAUCUGUACGCCACUGUGAAGGAGCAGAUGUCAGCACCACAAUUGUAAAGAAGGAGCCAGGGACACUGGUGGAAGAUGAGGCAUUGCCUACCACAAGCCGCAACAGUGUCUCAUUCGCAUAUCCCCUUUCUCGAACGAUCAACGCCUUCUUCGGCCCUCAGCAAAGUGCACCGACUGCAACGCAGAGUCAUUCAUUUCCUGCCGACACAUCCGCCUUUUCUACAUCACAAACCUUCCCGCGGAACGCCUCCUCAUUCAGUGGUCACGGGUACGGUCAGACUCCUUUUCCAUGGCCUACCCAGUGCCCUGGUCCACACCCUGGGACACUUUCAACUGACGAUGCUUGCGACAAGAUGAUACUGAACCCUUAUGCUGCCUCUUAUCAGGACAUGCUCAACAUGCCGUUGUACAGAUUGUAUCCAGAGACCUCCUCUUUGCAGACAUUGCCAGAAAAAACUCAACGCAUUGCACCUCAAUCAAGCGUGGUCGAUAUACCAAAUGUCGAGUUGCAUCCAGAAGAAAACAAUGGUCGGCUGCCACCUGCUCUCUCGACAACAGCAAGCCCACCGCCACCGGAGAGCCUGACGAUAAAGCAUAGCGGUGGAGUAUCCAGCACCAGAACGUCGGUCACAGUUUCGGACAGUCACGUCUCCUCCAGCGGAUCUGCUGUGCCUGCAGACAUUAGUGUGCAGCCAGCAGCCAUUCCCGACUUCAUUGAAGUCGACUCAGAUGAUGAGGGCGAGGUCCAGACGUCUUCAACGACAGCAGCUAGAGACGUGUCUGAACCCAAGAUCAAGAAGGAGGUUGCUGGGCUGUGA